AUGCCGGAUAGAGAAUGGCAGCGAAGGACUAUCAAGUCUAUGAGUAUCAUGAGGUCCCCUCAUGAUCCCUACUUCUGGCCAGAGGAGCAAAUGCUUAUCGACCGCAGAGACAUUAUUGACACAAAGCUGCUGCUGGCCAUGCUGCUGGUGGUCAAUGCCAUCACCGUUGCUCGCACCAAUUUCGUCCUUGGCCAGAGACACUAUGAGUUGUUCUCUACCAUAGAUGACAUUGUGCUGACCAUCCUUAUCUGUGAGGUUCUCCUUGGCUGGUUAAAUGGCUUCUGGAUUUUCUGGAAGGACGGCUGGAACAUCCUCAACUUCCUUAUCAUCUUUAUCUUGCUCCUGGGGUUCUUCAUUAGUGAACUCAAUGUCAUCUCUAUCACCUACACCCUCAGGGUCCUUCGUCUCGUGCAUGUGUGCAUGUCUGUGGAGCCCCUGGCCCGGAUCAUUCGCGUCAUCCUGCAGUCGGUGCCUGACAUGGCCAAUAUCAUGGGCCUCAUCCUCUUCUUCAUGCUGGUGUUCUCCGUGUUUGGGGUCACUCUCUUUGGUGCAUUCGUGCCCAAGCAUUUCCAGAACAUGCAGGUGGCCCUGUACACCCUCUUCAUCUGCAUCACCCAAGAUGGCUGGGUGGAUAUCUACAAUGACUUUCAGAUGAAGACCAGGGACUACGCAAUGGAGGUUGCGGGGGCCUUCUACUUUAUCACCUUCAUCACUAUUGGUGCCCUUAUUGGCAUCAACCUGUUGGUCGUCGUGGUGACCACCAACCUGGAGCAAAUGAUAAAGUCAGGAGAGCAGGGACGACAGGAUAAAAUAGGCUUCAGUGAGACAGAUAUGGAGGAGUACGGGAACACGGACCUGCCCCUGGUGCACUGCGAGGUGGCCCGUUUGGAGAUGUCUGGCCUUCCCCAAGAGCCGCUUGUGGGAGGCCCUCUGUCCAACCUCUCCGAAAGCGCUUGCGACAACUUUUGUUUGGUGCUCGAGGCGAUACAGGAGAACUUGAUGCAGUACCAAGAGAUCCGAGAUGAGCUCAACACGAUAGUGGAGGAGGUGCGCUCCAUUCGCUUCAACCAGGAGCAGGAGGAGGAGCUAUUGCACAGACCCUUGUCAGUCCAGUCGAUGGAGAGCAAGUCCUCCCUGGACCUGCAUGAGAUGACUAGCCAGCAAGACUUGAUCACUGCGCUUGUCCAGAUGGAAAAGGUUCAGGAAUCUACCACAAAUUUACCUAAAAGGAAGAAGAGCAGCCGCUGAGAGGGCAGGAGGGGAGCCAAGGGGCCUGUGCACACAUGCCCAGCUGCUGCAUCUUCCUGCAUCCCAAGCCUGACUUGGCUAAGCCUGGCCUGAGCCCAUCCUCUCCCUUACACCUGGGGUGAUGCCUGGAGCUAUGGAGGUGGUGGCCUCUCUAGGGCCUGUGCCCGUGAGUUCUAGGUCUAGAGGAGCCAGGAUGGAGAAGGACGCUGGAUGAG